AUGGAAAAAAACGUUAUGUCAUUCAUAUUUUUUAAAAUUGCUGCGUUUGUACUAUUAAACUGGACAUUCCAUUUUAACAUUUAUCUAAGCACGCUUAACGAAUUUUUGGGUGAUAAAUAUGACCGUGCUAGCAAAUUAGAUAGAAGAUAUUAUCGAUUUCUAGCAAAAUAUAGAGAAAUGAAUUCAUGUAUAUCAGGAUUAGAACAAGAGAUACCAAAUAAACAAAUCAAGGAAAGAAAAUAUAUAUCUAAUAAUGAAAUGGGUACCCUAAGAAAAAAGAAGCUGCUAUGUAAAAACCCAUCAAAGUAUAUGGGAGGUCAUAAACGAACUAUGAAUUAUAAAUAUAAUAUAUUUGAAACAAAGAAAUAUUCCUACUUUGAAAAAAAAAUAUUUAAAGAACUUGAUUAUGAAAAUUUUCUUAAAAACAGCAAGACGAUUAGUAAUAAGAUUUACAAAAAAAUAAUGAUCAGAAAAUAUGGAUUACGAAUUGCUACACCUUUAAUAUUGCUCUUAUUAUUAACAAUGUCCCUCAUAUUAGAUAUAACUUGUAACAUGGGCCUUAUAAAAGGAUGGUUUGAGGUGCUGAAUCUGCUUCCUAUAGGUAAAUGGUACAUGCAUUUAGAUAAUUUGUUGCGUAAUUCCCCUAUAAAACAGUUUUUUCAGUCUAUGAAAGAACUUAAAGAUGUAUUAAUUUAUAAAGGACGUACAGAUAAGAGUAAUGGAUAUAUUUAUGUCAGUAGUUUUUUAGGUCUUUUUAUAUAUGUCAUACCUUUCAUUAUAUUGGGUAUCACGGUCAUAUCAGGGAUUGUAUAUUACCAUAAGAAAGUUAAAAAGUAUGAAAAAAUUAAGUUCACAAAAAGAUAA